UUAUAGCGCGGCCUUGCAGUGCUUAUACUUGAAAACAUGUAACACGCGUGGCAAUAAAAGCGUGUUUUGUUUUAAAGCCAAGGAGCACAUCCAGGAGAUGAAGAAGGAGCUCGAUUCGCUCUUGCAGACAGCGGAGAAGGCGUUUGCCGUGGAGCUGCUGACGAUGCCGGCUGCCGUGAGGAAGAUGAGAAGGAAAGAGGUGCUCGAUUUGCAAGGACGGGAGGAAAUGGCUCUUGCUGCUGCAGUGACUGACUGCUCUGUAGAAGACAUGCCAAAUACCAAACUGGUGAGGACCAACAGCAAAAAAGUUAAGGUAACUACAAUUGUUGAAUAUGAAGAUACCAAGCACAGUUCUGCAAAGAAAAUAACUAAAAAAAUCUCCAAAACCAGGUCGCUGGUUUCACUGGCCUCAGGUUUAAGUGGCAAACUGAACUCUUUUUCUAGUGCCACAAAUCUCAAAGCCACUCCAAAGGGAGCUAGAAGUGCUGGAUUACAACAGACUGUCUCAAGAACUUUACCUGCCAGUGGAAGAGCUCAAGGCAUGCUAAAGAGAAGUAAAUCAGUACCCCAACAUAAAAGUGUUCCAUUUGUCAACAUUCCCCUGGCUGAUGGACAGACUCUGUGCACGGCUGGUGGAGACCUCCGCAAUAUUGAUGUGCAGCUCCUAAACCAGGACACAGUGCAGCACAUCCAUAACCUGGUGAGUGAGCUGACUGUCCUGUGUGGAAAGGUAACACCUAAACCAAGUUAAUGGAACUGUCUGGUGACUACAGAACAUUAGUGACUGCUCUUGCCUGCUGCCUCCCUAGUAU